AGGUAUAACAACAGUAUGUAUACGCUACCGAAAACUACUCCAAAAGUCUUAACAAAUCUCCCCUUGAUUUCCUCACUUUCACUUUAUAAAUCAAAAGACUCAGACUUUGGGGAUCAUUCAAUUCACAGUCGAGAGACACUUCUUGUCGUUUCAACCAAGAUGGGAAGGGUUUUUAUCGUGGAUCUGGAAGGGCAAAUCUAUAGUUGCAAACACUGUAACACCCAUCUUACAAAAGAACAAGACAUCAUGUCCAAGUCAUUUCAAUGCAGGUAUGGACAAGCUUAUCUCUUCAAUGAAGUUGUAAACAUUUCAACUGGAAAUGAAGAAGACAGAAUGUUGAUGACGGGACUUCAUACGGUAACUGACAUCUUCUGUGUUGGUUGUGGAUCAAACGUUGGCUGGAAAUACGUGACUGCCCAUGAUAUUAACCAAAAAUACAAGGAAGGAAAAUCAGUUCUUGAAUUGUAUAAGAUUGUGGGUCCUUACGAUAGCAACGACUUGGUCUGUCAAGAAAUUUCACGACUUGAGAUAUAAUAAUCACAUGAUUCUGAUGACUUCUCUUGAGCUUUUUUCCUUCGCUUUUUGAGAUUUCUCUUAGAAUGUACAUUCUUCAAUUUUAGCUUAUUUUUAUUUAUUUCUUUUUGGAAUAAGUACAUUUGGUACCUGAAAUGACGCCUAGUUUCAUAGGUUUUAAUUUAGAGUUUAAUCUCAUUUGGGCUUUUGAGCUUUUAACAAAUCUAUGCCUUUCUUUGAUCUCUCUUUCCCUUUCUUUGUUUGAAUUUUUUUUUCUGCUCCAAUCUCUUCUUCAAUUCUUGAAUACUUGUCUCUAAUCAAGAAAAUGAACAAGAUCAGCCACUUACCUGAAGCUCUACUUGUUCAAAUACUCUCUUUGCUUCCAACCAAAGAUGUCGAGUGUUCUGACUUAACGAUGGAAGCAUAUUUGGAAGAUGGUGCCUAAACUUAUCUCAAUCAAAGUCAACAUGAGACGUUUUCAGAGAAUGUCUGUAGGCUUCUGCUUUCUCAUAAAUCUUCGAUCCUAGAGAGUUGGAGUCUCCGUUUUAGUUAAGAUAGCUGCGAUGGUAUGGAUUUAGGAAUGUGGAUUGGCAUCGCAUACGCACAUCAUGUCCACCAGAGAUGAUUACAUUUCCUUGUAAAUGUACUAUCUUUCAUCAGUUAGUACAUUUGGAGCUAAGUACAGAUAAAGCAGAUUGGUGGAAUCUACAUACGCGCAUGAUCAAUACGUCUCCUAGAUUAAAAGUCCUAAAGCUUGUCGGUGAGUGGUAUUACGGAAAAGUUGGUGUAAGUUGUAAAGAAUUGAACCAAUCGAAGAACGUUCCUACAAAGACCAACAAGAAGAAGAGAAAGAAGUUGCCAAAAAAAAAAAAAAAAGAAAGAAGUUGCCAAAUACAUCCUAA